AUGGACCGCAUCGCCAAUAUCAUCCGCGCCGAUCAUCGUGACCUGGCUUUGUGUUACCGCCGCAUUGUUGAUGCCGUCGAUGAAGAUGAGCAAACCCGACACCAGAAUCAAUUUACUUGGGAACUGGCCCGUCAUCUUGUUGGAGAGGAGCUCGUGAUAUUCCCUGCAAUGGAGAGGAAUGUACGCGACGAAUCAGUGGAUGAGCAACAACCACAACGCCCCCACCCACAUCAAAAGCUCAAAGAGAAUCUCCAAAUCUUCCAAAAUCUCCACUGCUCCGACCCACGCUUCAUCCCCACCAUCACCGUCUUGAUGGAUGAUCUUGCAGCCCACAUCCACACCGAGGAGACUCUCGAUUUGGUUAAACUGGAGUCAGCCAUUACAGCAGAGGAAAGCCAACGUCUGGCCCGCUGGUUUGCCCGCUCGAAAUGGGUUGCGCCCACGCGUGCCCAUCCAUCGCUACCAGAUCGCUCACCCUACGAGAUGGCGACCGCGCUCAUCGCGGCCCCACUAGAUCAUCUGCAGGAUCUAUUUCGGCGGUGGCCCGAUCCUGAACUCUACCCGACGCCUGGCCCGGAGGAAGGCUGA